UUUUCUAGUUUUGCGAACAUUUCCUGAAUCUUCUCUUGGAUUAAACAACAUGUGUUGUUGUUCAGUGUUCUGUACUGCGUAGCAUAUAUUCGCACAUUUUUAUUUCCUUCAGUUUAUCGGUAUCUUCAGUAAAUGACACCUGGAGAUAUUUAGCUUUUUAAAGAGGAUAUAACAAUCUCAGUGGAUAACAGUGAGAAGUUGCCCGUAAAUAUGGCAUCAAAGUUAAGUAUAAACCAUGAGGAGAUUCCAGUAACAGCUUUAAACUGCAAUUUCCGAAAGAAACUGGGACUGUAUUUGAAUCCUCAAAACACGGUGGCAGCAGACUGGAGGACAGUCGCCGAAAUGAUGGACUAUACCUACCUGGAGAUCAAAAAUUUCGAGAAAAGAGAUUAUCCCUUUGAAAAGGUUUUAACGGAGUGGGAAACUCGUCCAGAGGCCACUGUAGCAAAUUUACUGUCGAUUUUAGAAAAAGCGGAAAGGAAAGAUGUUAUAUCAGACCUCAAAGAGAUUAUAGAUGAUGACUGCAGGAAGUAUUUGGAAAGACAACUGAGGAAGCCCGUCCAGGUUCCAGUGGUGGACAGCUGCGGGCCCCGCACAAAGGAGCGAGAAGGAAUCACGCUGUAUGAUGAUCCACAAGGACUAACACCAGAGACCUUUGAUGCCUUCAUCUGCUAUUGUCAGAAUGACUUCCAGUUUGUCCAUGAGAUGAUCAAACAGUUGGAACAGACUGAAUACAACCUGAAGCUGUGUGUAUUUGACCGAGACGUCCUUCCUGGCACGUGUGUGUGGACCAUCGCCAGUGAGCUCAUAGAGAAAAGGUGUAAGAGGAUGGUGGUGGUAAUUUCCGAUGACUAUCUGGACAGUGAUGCCUGUGACUUUCAGACUAAGUUUGCACUCAGCCUUUGCCCAGGAGCUCGCUCUAAACGCCUAAUCCCUGUUGUCUACAAAACAAUGAAGAAGCCUUUUCCAAGCAUUCUCCGUUUUCUGACUAUCUGUGAUUACACCAGACCCUGCACACAGGCUUGGUUCUGGACCCGACUGGGCAAGGCGCUCUCACUCCCCUGAACUCUUCUGUUGAGGUUUACUAUAUGGGCAUCACUUGGUAAAGCACACUAUUCUCUAUGGAGGAUGAAGGGAUGAAAAUACCUUCUGUGAUUUUUGCUCGCUUGGAGAGUUUCUUGGACUCAGUAGUGAGUCCAGCUUAUGAACAUUUUAAGAAAGGUACUUUUUAUGGUAUUUACAUCUGCCCUUAUCAAAAGGUUUCUCGGCUUUCCAAAGCAAAUCCCAAAAGUUUUUUUUUUUCUUGUCUUUUUUGUAAUGUGCAGAAGGUUUUCUUUUGUUGUUUUUUUUGUUUUGUUUUUUGUUCAUGUUAAGUAUUUUUGCAUGUGAAAUCUGAAUGUGCAUAAUCAUCCAGCUGUUAUUUCAAUGUAUUCCCGAUUUGCUAUCACUAAACUUUAAUUAUAGCCUCUUGCAGUGAUGGUACACUCUUAAAAAUAAAGGUUCCGAAAGGGAGUUUUCACAGCGAUGCCAUGGAAGAGCCAUGUUGUUCUUAAAAGAAACAUCUUAGUGUGAAGAACAUUUUAAUAAUCUAAAGAACCUUUUGUGGAAUGGAAAUGUGUUAAAGGUUCUUCAUGGAACCAUCAAAGUCUAUUAAAAACCACUGUAUUUAGUGCUAUGGGCACACAAGAACAUUAACACUUUUUUGCUCUGUUGUUAAUCUAUAUUUCAUACUGGCAGUGUUUUGUGUUAUACAAUAUUCAUGUGAAAUAUAUUUGUGUAUAUUAUGUUUGUUCUGCUAUUUGCCAUGAACAUUAUUACUCGGCAUUUCCCAGACGGUCACAAUCUUUAUCUUGGGUACGCACUCACGGUUGGUUAACCUUGUUUUUACUUCUUGAAUACCUCAAUCUUCCUCUGACGACACAUGUUCAUCUGCACAGAAAAGAUAAUGGCAUUUGUUCUGUUAGAUCAGACUUUAUGACUGUUGAUUCUAUAUAUAUAUAUAUAUAUAUAUAUAUAUAUAUAUAUAUUUUUUUUUUUUUUUUUUUUUUUUUUUUUUGCAGAGAAUUCAUUUCAAAAGUUUUGCUUCCUCUGUUUUAACAAUUUAUGAUACUGGGUUUGUAUUGUUGCCUGUGUCAAUACUUAUAUUCUGUACAGGUCAUUUUUUAUUGAUUUUUAUAUGAAAACAAAACACCUUUUAUCUCCUGUGCUCCCCGUUAAGACAUAAUGACAGCAUUGUGCAUACAGUGUGUGUGUGUGUGUGUGUGUGUGUGUGUGUGUGUGUGUGUGUGUGUGGAUUAUUUGCAUUAAUAGCACAAAGCUUAAUCAUAUUUUAUAUAGUAGGUCAUUUAUGUGUGUACAGAGUCAAGUACGUCUGUAUAGAUCAAGUUGGCCCCAUUUACCACUUCCUGUUAGUGGAAACUCUUUCUACGAAGAAGCGAGAAAUACAUUCUUCUGAAGCUGAUUAGGAAAACCAACAAGCAGCACACCUUUUUGAACCAGGAACUUUUUGAAAUGUGUUGCAUGGGUGUGAGAUGUCUCUCGUUUAUAUAUAUAUAUAUAUAUAUAUAUAUAUAUAUAUACAAUUCAUAGUAGUUUUUUUUUUUUUUGUUUUUUCCAUGUUGUCCCCAGGUGCACUUAAUAACUUAAUAUAAAAUUUAUUAAAAUAUUCUUGGGAAUUUUGUUGUAAUCGAUCUUCAUUUUAAAGGAUUUUCGGUGUUCUCAAUUUUAACUUUAUUUUAGUCUUUUGCAAUAUCCCUUUAACUAAAGUCAGUUGCUUAAUAACAUCAUCCUCCAGGAAGUGACAAUAAUUAAAUUAUAAUAAAGGUUCGAUUGUGAUGUUUUGUUGAA